AUGGAGCCAAUCUCAUUCAACCCUAAGGCGUCACAACAGAUGUUAGAAAAGAAUCUGACAAAGUUGCGCUGUGAUGUUUGAUCUGUACUUUCGUUUCUCAUUAUUCAGGUCCAUAGAGCAACUUUUAUGUACCUGUUUUCUGAAAUGGUCAAGUAUGCCAUGCAGAACUCAAAAAGUAUCGAUGAAGUACAGCAGAAGUAUGUCAAUUUAUUCUUCAUUGUUUUAUUCACACACUCACACAUGAAUGUAAACAUUCUUUGUCAGUAAUUCCAUUCUGCCUGUAAUAUUAGCCGCUAAUUGGGAAGAUGGAAGUUUUUGGACAAAAUUAAACUUUAUUGUGCAGUUUCUUGAGAUUGGUUUCCUAGUCCGUCUUCAAACUAUGGGUGUGCAAAAACUGUUAACUUUUUAACUGAGCCUCACAAAGGAUUCUUUAAUUGACUCAAGUCUGUGCCAAUGCGUGUUAUUUGUAAUUUGUCAUCUCCUCGAGACUAGUUUGACCACUAUGAAUUUGUCUUUAACGAUUUUGUAUGUGGCAUCUAGGUCGAUAUGUCGGUUGGUACAUGCCUCAUCUGUAUGUCUUGCCUCCAGGCAUUCGCGGCCUUUCCUUGUUGGGCAGGCGCCAACAAUGCGAGUGUUCUCCCAUGCAAAUUUGUGUCCAGUGUCCAGUGUGUGUAUGACCAUCUGGGAUAGAUGAUCGCGUCUCUUCAGCGUUAACUGAUGUUUAUGUAUACGGGUUGAGACAGAUUUUCCACUUUGGCCACAAUAGAGGGCAUCGCAACUGGAACAUGGGAUUUUGUAGACAGCACCUCUUCCUCCGGGGUAGCCAACCCUGUCCUUAGGGUGUACAAGCUGUGUGCGUAAGGUAGUUGCGGGCUCGUGUGCUACGUGUAUGUUUUUUUGCUGCCACCGUUUGUUAGAGGCAAGGUGGUUAAUCUCAAAAUGUAGGAUGACCGCCGAAUACGCCUAUGUAAUAAACUGAUGUGCGAAGUAAUCCACUGAUUUUUCGACUUACAAGGGCAUCUAGAAAUGGGAAUUGUCCAUCAAACUCUGUUUCCGAAGGAUGAGGAGGAAGAGAAAGAGGAGGGGGACCACCCGGAAUGCCUUCUUCUUAUGCGACAGUUGGUCGCAAUAAGCAACAGUGUUUCACGGAAAUACCAAACAGUGGGCAAAAGGUCGAGUAUCGUAAGACCAUCAAUUACUUUAGCUAUAUCCAAAGGAUCAGGUGCUGCUAAGUUCUGUGGCUUUAAGAUGCCCGUAUGGGCCGUGCUCUCAUCCGACCAUUGUUUCUCCCAGAAGAACCAACCUUUCUUGUAACGUCGGUAGUACAGUCUCAUCACAAAUCUGACUGAGGACGAGACUGUUGGUAAUAGUUCUUCGUAAUCACGUCGCGGCACCACCUCAGUCUUUAUGACAUCUUAUAUGGAAGUCAAUGGUUGUCUAACGACGUAUCCUAUGGUUGCUUUCCGUCUCCUUUUGCGCACGACAGACUGUGUCCUGUGCAUACAGAUAUUAACUACCUUCGGGGACUGUUAUUUGAAAAUUACAUAAAUGCAUUUGUCGGCCCGAACCAAGUAGUCUGUCAACGCACGUUCUGUGUUGGCCGGUACACCUGUUUCUUGGGUGCUACCGGUAGGCUUGUAUAAACUCAACUUCUAAAUUUGUUUACAUUGUCGGGGCAUACUAACAUAGUGCGAGCAACAGCUCGAACCAUCGUGUUCCAUGCUGGACUUCGGCUGAAAUCGAUGCUCGUGAUCAGUACCAAUAAAUAGCAUAGUACCCAGUAAUUCUCCAAAGAUAGAUCUUGCAUUUUUUUUAGUUCAGGCGCGAGUCUGCAAUUUAUUGGGUCUAGUUUGUAUAGUUAUUUAUAUAGCGGUUUUUUGUAAAGUAUUCAAGUGCUUACGCGACUUUCUGCUAAUUUUGUACCUUUUGUACCUUAGGAAAUAUUCCCGGUUUGAUUCCUGCCUGUCAUGCGAUCUUGACACUAGAUUAAUUUAGGGAUUUUGGUCCGCGUAUUUGUAACCUAACUGCUUUUUGUGUAGACUUGCCGAGCUGGGCCGCCCGAUCGGUAGACGUAUGAUGGAUCUAGUUUACCUCCGAGAGAGACCCCAAAAACGAGAUGUUCGUCUGUUCCAAAUACUCCUCUUUCUGAAAAGCACCUUCUGGCGAAGCCUUUUUGGUAAAGAGGCAAACGAGUUGGAACGCGAUGGUCUCGUUGAGAACACUUGUAAGUGGCGUACCCUUAUUUUUACCUUUUAUUUCCCUAGCACAUGACUUGCUACAAGACUGCCAAAAAUACGCCGAGUCAAUUAUCUGACAGUGGAGUGCAUGGAUCCGUUCGCAAUUUCACAUUUAAAACCGCAUUCGGACGUCUGUCGGCAACAUCCAGCGAUUUGUGAACGCGACCUGCACUACAAAGCCUGUAAAUUAAGUGCGGUCCAUCAGCUCUGAUCUGGCCUGCGGAAUAACAGUUACUGAGAACCAUUUCUGACAGGAAAAAGAAGAGUGGAUCGGCCAUAUCUCACUUGCGUACAUCACUAGUCAUCAAUCGCGAAUUAGUCAAACCCGAGAUUCGAACUUAUGGUCAGUCAGUUACCUAGUCAGACUGCCAGUCGAGUCAUGCGCCCAAGUCUUGCCGACUGUGCACGGAAAUAUUCAAUUCCGCACCAAAAUAGCAUUGGUCGAUCUAUUCUGGUUGCAGGGCGGAACACGGGUGUUGCAUUUCGCACUUAAGGUCCCAUCUUGUGCCCUCAUAAACGGUCUCACAGGCGAGCAAUGAGCACUUAAGUAACGUGUAUGCGUCGUCUGAUUCCGUCGGCACAGCUUCCGUCUCUGUCGUGUUUGUACACAACGGGGCCAGGUCUCGAGCCAGAAGUCUUCAGACCCUACAUGACCUUCCAUUGGGUUUGCAUUUUUUUCAAGUGGUGGCGAACUGUCAGUUCGGUCUUAGUCACUUUGUCAAAAAAGGCUUUGACAACCCCACCACGCGCAUUUAUGUCACCUUUUGUUGUCACCUCGGCUGCGCUGAAGUUACUAUCGUUCUGGAGUUGAGCCUGUGUUACCAUCUGCCCCCUAUGAAGCAUCUUGCUUGACACAAGCCAGCAGCCGAUCUCACUACGGAUGGUCUUGUUCGCAAGGCAUGGAUAUGCACACAAUCCUCAGUCUUUGACUCGGCGUGUAUAAACACCGCGCCCUGACCUCCCUUGAUUUUUUGGACCUUGUGUGAUCAUUGCGUCUUUUUCCUAUAGUUUACAUGAUCGAGCGAAAGCCUCUCGUAAACAAGUUUACUCGUUACACGUACGAGGGUACAGAACUCGAACGAAAAAAUGGUAAGUUAUCGGAUUUAGUUUGAUUUCAAUUUUUAGUCCCUCUGAAUCUUGCAGCAUUCAAUUGCGGAAUUAUCGAGGCGGCUUUAACGGAUGCAGGCUUCGUAAGUCUAUCUCUUGAAUAUAGUUUGCGUAGUUACGUUGCAGCUGAUCAACUACAUUAGAGAACCCAGAUUUUGUCGUACCAUACUUCUAGGAGACAUCGCUUACCGACUUUACUGAUUAGGCGGCUUCGGCCUACACGGAGGCUUAAAGCUUGAACAAGACCAUCGCGGAGUAUAUAUGCCACCGUCACUUAGAAACCUCACUUGGCAUCGCAUCGCCACACUCGGUGGUUUCGCGCAACUUAGCCCUGCCAUUUGCCUCGCCUGCUCUUGGGCAAUAGGAUGAUGGAUAAUGCUUGACUCUGUUGUCGUAGGUUCACUUACACUCGUCACCAGCGCCAGUCGCAAUCGAAUUUCUCCAAUAGAUGUCGGCUUGUGACCACGAGGUAAUUUUUUGGCGAAAGGAGUAACGUGAGUACGCCACAACGACUAAAUGAUUUACUUGACGAAAUGUCAAAGCAGUCUGUAUCACUGCGUAUUUAGAAGUAGUAAAGGGGGUAUGCGAUAGCAUUCGUUAGCCAUGUCCCAACUCCAUGUCGAAGAAAUCCGCGACCUAAGUUUCAUUUCAAUCAGUGGAUGAGUCAAACGUUUUACUAGUGAGGCCUUGAGCUAACGCCGUCAGCUCUUGGCUGAAGCAACAUAAAGCGUCUGUAUCCCGUCCGCAGUUAGGACAGAUUAGUUCUACUCCGACCUGAUCGUGCAUCAGUAAUGGUUAGGAUCGACAUUGAUGCAGGCAGUUCCAGAGUUCGCGGCAUCACAACCUGGUGUGGCCUAUGCCCUACGUUGGGGCAUCGAUUAUCAUUAUGCAGUGAGCGUACUGUUUCUAACAGAAACGGCCGUCGGGCUCGACGUUCUGGUCAUGUUGAACUGUGCCCCAUCCAUCCGCUUUAGUUGACAACCACGGCAGCGGUGCAAGCUCCGACAAGGGUUUGCAGAGGCGUGUUCGCGUACAUGCUCCUCCUUACACCGGCAGAUGCGCGACUGAACCACCGGAGACAGUAAGUUUAUUGCAGCGCUAGCGGGCGCCGCAGAUCGACGGCGCCACGCGACGAUAGAACUUGUUGAUAGGCCGAAACGAAUAUUUUCCUCCAGCGGCAACAGGGUAGGGCGGUUUUUGCCAAGGCCUCCUUCACCGACAUCCCUGUCUUUUGCUGAAGAUCGGCGAGGCAAGAAGCACAUCCAGAUCUGGUAUAGCGUAUUUCGCUCAAAUUGCAUGCGACGGUCCCCCCACCCCCCUACACUGGACGAGUGGGGGCAGUAGCGUGAAGUCCGAAUUACCCAGAAGGGGAAGACAGUUUGCUUCGAGAGGCCGUGGGGCAGCAAUUCGUGCACGAAGUGCAAUUGUUGUUCAGUCAAGUACAGUCCGCCUCCAGCGAGUUUUUAAUCAUCCCAAUAUAGUUGAAAAUUAAAAUCUGAAACGUUAACCUGUCCUCCUGGACGCUGCCAACAUUAAUAGCGAAGUCAUUGCUCUCCUCACCACACUCUUACGUUUGUGAAUGUGUUAAAAAUACGUCUUAAUUUUUGAGGCGACACUACCAGCCUCUUUGGCUCCAGGCGUUUCCUGCCGUGGCAGCGGGUCUUUCGGCCUCAUGACUUGGCCCCUGAUAGUUGCUUCCGGCCUGCGUGCAACCACAACUCCAAGUGCAGAAGGCGGCUGACCGCAUCUGAGACGUUCCUCAUGUACGGAAGCGGUCGACAAGAUUUAGCGCCGGUUGGAUUUGCUUUCUGGUUUCGUCUGCGUACGCACCGAUUGACAAAGUUACGCGGGUAGCCAUUGGCUCUCUGCAGUCGUCGAGAAUAUCGCAAUUCAACAACUUCGUCUUCUGUUUCACUACAGUGCGUCUCAACGCACCGGUACAGCGCCCUUACGCUAGUGCGUUUGUGACUGAUCGGGUGGUUACCGUUGAAAUUCAGUACCUGCGUCGUGUUUGUCGCUUUUCUGAACAGUUUGGUUUUUAGGCCAGUGCGCGUGUGCAACCCCGACUUCAGUGGAGCGAGGUGGCUGACAGCGUCCGAGACGUUUCUCACGUACGGAAGCCCUCGCGAGAAAGUAGGGCCAAUUGAGUUAGGUAAUUGCCACAAUGAACGACGCCCUAACGAAUGAGCAGUGAUGCCUGUCUCUAUGACACGGUCUCUUCAACAAACUGGUGGGGGUGCUAAAGCACGGCCAUUCGCCCGGCUGAACGACUUGCGUCUCUCAAUAGAGUACGACGCCUAACUUCGCAGAAAGCUGCCCAGGGGACCGUGCAGUGGUUCUCAGCCAUUAGUCCGGCUCUGUCCAUAAAGUCGGACAAGGUAGUAUUGAUGGCCAUUCCGUCCAAAGUGUGCGACAAAGGCAAAUUUUAGUAGCAAACACCAUAUCGUAGGCAUAUUUUACCGCCUCAUUUAAACUUUGAAUUGCGUUAUCUUGGACCAUUUUCUUUCAGCCAUGCCAAGUUUCCGUAACGUGGCACAAGGGAUCAACGUACGUAAUCAAGUUUGACAACUGUGUGAUACAACGUGAACGUCAGAUGGAAAGUCGUUAG